AUGGCAACAAUUUCUGAAGAAGAGGAAAACUAUGUCAGGAUGAGUUUGUUGGUGUCUGAAAUUUCCCCUCGUGCAGUACGAGUGUUGUUUGACAAUGAAUUUAAUCCAUUGAAUAUUAAUAUUACUAUUAAGAAAGAAACCAACAAACUGAAUGAUCUGAAAAAGAAAAAGAUAAUCAACCAAUCACAGUGGGAAAUUUUGUUUCCACGCAAUGGUGUUCCAGAGUCAAAAAUGUUUGAUAUAACUUUGAUGAUAACAUUGCUUACAAAUCUUACUGGGUUAAACCAUUAUGGCAAGUUACCAUUGGUUACAGACAUUACAGUAUCAGCUGAUUUGGGGAGGGUGAAAUACUAUAGAAACCUCAUAGCACACAAUAAAGAUGGGAAGUUAGAAAACACAUUUUUCAUUAAAGCAUGGAAUGAUAUUAGUGGGGCUGUUUGUAGACUAGGUGGCCAAAGUAUGCUUGAUGAAUGUAAUGAAUUAAGGACAAAAAUAUUGGGACAGUCGACUGUACCUUGGAACAUAAGAGAACAAAUCAGUACGAAAUUAGAAGCAUGGACAUUGGAUGAUUCCAAUUUGGUUGAAACGAAGGCUGCCAAUUAUGUUUUAAAAUGUAUACAGGAACACAGUUGUGUAACUAUUACAGCAAGUCCUGGUGUUGGGAAGACAGUAACUCUACGACACGUGGCAUUACAAAUGGGUGCUGAUGGGUACAAUGUUUUACCCGUAACCAAUCCACAUGACAUUGUUAAAUUUAACAAUCCAAAUAAAAAAACACUGUUCGUUAUGGAUGACUUCUGUGGAACUAAUUCUCUAAACCAAUCUGACGUAAAUAGUUUUGAAUCAGUCAUGGAAAGUAUUAAAGAAUUAUUGAUUCAAAAUGUAACAACAAAAAUCAUUGUUGCAUGUCGACUUCAAGUUUAUCAGGAUGAUAGAUUUAAAUUCUUAUCAAUUUUCAGGGGAUGCGAAUGCAACUUGUUAUCAGAGGAUUUGUGUUUAUCACAAACAGAGGAACAGUCAAUAGCAGAACUAUAUCUUAAAGAAAAAACAUCAGAAAUAAUUUCGAUCUGUGAUUUAUAUGAUUGUUUUCCACGUCUCUGUAAAUGGUAUAAUGAAAAUCCUCAACCAAACAUAAUAGAUUUCUUCAAGAAUCCAUUUCAAGUUUAUGAAUUAGAGUUUGACAAGUUGCAUCAAAAUCGACAUUUUGAAAAAUAUUGUGCCUUAGCUAUGUGUGUCAUGUUUAACAACAGACUAAAAGAGGAAUUGUUGACAGACAAAAUAGAUAAAGAAACUAAAAGAAGAAUAAAAAAUACAUGUGAAGCAUGUAAACUGAACAGAGGAACAUCUCGACUUACCUUAUUAGAUGAAAUGAAGUCUCUUAUACAUACAUUCAUGAAAAAAGAACAAGAUGUAUAUACAAGUCUCCAUGAUAAAAUAUUUGACUUCCUAGCAUAUUAUUUUGGGAAAAGCAUGCCUCAGUGUUUGAUAAAUAAUGCCGAUAGCUGGUUAAUUAGUCAAAGGUUUGUUUUAGAAAAGAGAGACAGUACGGUUCAGUUUAUCACAAUAAAACCAGAAUACCACCUAAUAUACAUGCAGCGAUUGAUUUGUGACUGGUCUAAAGGUAAAGUACAGCAUGUGUUUGAUAAUCUCAAUUUGCAAAUACCAGAGAUCAGACAGAAAUUUCUCUGUCAUUUAAACACAUUAGAUAUUUCAUUCCAGAGACAAUUAGCACUUACUUGUGAUGUUGCUUACAAAAACACUGUUCUGAUACACUGUUGUUUCUUAGGUGAUAUUCCAUUCAUCAACUGGUGUAUUAAUCACGGUAUUGAUGUCAAUAAGUGCAACCUUAGAGGUGAGAGUCCUUUACUUGUUACUGCACAAGAAGGCCAUACAGAGGUAAUGGAGUUAUUACUGGACAACAAGGCGGACAUACAUAAGUGUGAACAAAACGAGAUAUCUCCCUUGUUUAUUGCUUGUUUCAAAAACCGCACAGAGAUAGUUAAGCUGUUACUUGACCACAAUGCAAACAUUGAUAAGUGUAGACAUAAUGGAGAAUCACCAUUAGUUGGUGCUUGUCUGAAUGAUAAUAUAGAAGUAGUAAAAUUAUUAUUGGACAAAAAAACAGAUAUUAAUAAGUUAACAGAGGAGGGAGCAUCUCCUUUAUUAAUUGCUUGUCAAAGUAACUAUAUAGAGAUUGUUAAGUUAUUACUAGAAAACAAGGCCAAUAUAACAACGUGUGCAUAUAAUGGAGCGUCUCCCUUGUAUGUAGCCUGUCAGAAUAACUAUGAAGAGCUAGCGAAGUUAUUACUGGAGAACAAGGCAGAAAUCAAUUCAUGUUUAAAUAGUGGAGAAUCUCCUUUGUGGAUUGCUUGUCAGAAUAAUCAUAUUGCAAUAGUAAAUAUAUUACUGAAUAAAGAGGCAGACAUUAAUAAGUGUGUACAUGAUGGAGCAUCCCCUUUGUAUGUUGCUUGUCAGAAUAAUAAUGUAGAUAUAGUUAAGAUAUUACUGCAUAACAAGGCUGAUGUUAAUAAAUGUUCCGAUUCAGGAGCUUCUCCUUUGUUUAUUGCUAGUCAUUCAAAUCGUACAGACAUUGUAAAACUAUUACUCGACAGCAAGACAGAUAUCAAUAAGUGCCUGGACGUUGGAGCAUCCCCGUUGUUUAUCGCUUGUAUGAACAAUCAUAUAGAGAUAGUGAAGAUAUUACUGUACAACAAUGCAGACAUUCAUAAGUGUGAAGAUUCAGGAAGAUCUCCCUUGUUUAUUGCUUGUGAGAAUAAUCAUAAAGAAAUAGUAAAGUUAUUAUUGGACAAUAAAGCAGACGUUAAUAAGUGUAACGAUAAUAUACCAUCUCCUUUGUUUAUGGCUUGUCAAAAUGAUAUUAUAGAGAUAGUUAAGGUAUUACUUGACAACAAAGCAGACGUUAAUAAGUGUAACAAUAAAGGGACAUCUCCCUUGUGUAUUGCUUGUUACAAUAAUAAUAUAAAGAUAGUAAAGGUAUUACUGGACAAUAGAGCAGACAUAAAUAAGUGUUUGAAUAAUGGAGCAACACCGUUGUUCAUUGCUUGUCAGAAAAAUCACAAAGAGAUAGUUAAAGAACUACUGGACAACAGAGCCGAUAUUGAUAAGUGUACAUUCAGUGGAUCAUCUCCUUUGUUUGUUUCGUAUAUGAGUCAUCAUAAAGACAUAGUAGAAAUGCUGGUACAAAAUGGAGCAGAUUGCAAUAAAUUAUUUGGUAUGAUGUUUCAGCUUGUGGCUUCUUACUAUUGA